AUGGCAUUUGGAGUCGAGAAUAUAACAAGCAAUGUUGUUAUGGAGACUAAAGGCUUAAAUAUUAGCCAAUUACCAUCACUGGUGAUUGAGAAACAUAAUUCAUCUUUGAAAUCGAAGGGUUUGUCUAAUGGAGAUAAGUGCACACAAUAUGGAAAUUCUAGACACGUACAUAAUCGUUGUUUCAAGUUGCAUAGGUAUCUAGAGUGGUGGCAUGAGUUGCAAGCUAAGAAGAAAAGGGACAUCACAACACUUAAGAAUGGUACCGGUAAAGUGGUUGUAGUUACUAUCGAGUCUCAACUUUCAAAUAUUCCUCCACCUCAAUAA